GUUCGCCUCAGUCGCCUCCGCGGCCGCGCGGGGAGAGGACGGUCUCCCGCGGCCGCCAUGUUCUGCUACUGUGAGGGCCUCUUGGCGGCCUUGUCGGCGCUGCUGAUGGCGGCGCUGGUGCUGAGCCGGAGCGCGGCGCUGUCCUGCCUCCUCACGGGCGGGGCCUACGUGGCGCUGCGCCUCUUCAGCCUCGAGCCCGUCCCCCUGGAGCGGGCCCGGCUGGUGGUGCAGCCCCGGGGGAACCCGGCCCGCGUGGCCCACCGCGGAGGAGGCCACGACGCGCCCGAGAACACCCUCGCCGCCAUCCGGCAGGCAGCUGAGAAUGGAGCAACUGGCGUGGAAAUCGAUCUCGAAUUCACUGCCGAUGGCAUUCCUGUCCUGAUGCAUGACAGCACUGUAGACAGGACUACGGACGGGUCUGGAAAUUUACGUGAUUUGACGUUUGCUGAGAUUCGGCGAUACAAUCCGUGCGCUAAACACAGGUUAUGGAGGGAUUAUCGGGGAGAGAAAAUACCGACACUGAAAGAAGCUGUUUUGGAAAGUAUGCAUUACGACCUUAUCAUCUACUUUGAUGUUAAAGGCCACGCGGAUCAGGCAGUUGCCGCUCUAAGAGAUCUUUACCUGGAAUAUCCUCGGCUGUACAAUACUAGUGUUGUUUGCUCUUUCAUGCCAGAUGUCGUCUACAAGAUGAGACAGGCUGAUAGAAAUGUCAUAACGGCUUUAACUCACAGACCUUGGAGCAUCAGUCACCUUGGAGACGGGAAGCCUCGCUUUGAAUCCGUUUGGAAACACUAUUUCAUGAUGGCAAUGGAUGUUAUUCUAGACUGGAGCAUGCACAAUUUUCUAUGGCACUUAUGCGGCGUGUCAGUAUUCCUGGUACAGAAAAAUUAUGUUUCACAGGAGUAUGUGAGACAAUGGUCAUCUAAAGGGAUUCAAGUUGUUGCUUGGACUGUCAACACAUUUGCUGAAAAAAUGUACUAUGACAAUGUUCUCCAGUGCAGCUACAUGACGGACAGCUUGGUCGAAGACUGUGACCCACACUAUUAGCGCCGGCCUUAUUUGACCCUUCUGCAUUUGCGGCAGCAGGCCGAGGUUCAAAAGCAAUGGAACUCCUGGGAUUCAUGUGAUCAAGGGGGCACCCAGGAUGCUCUUGGGAUGGAAACAUUACAAUGCACAUUGCGUCCGACUGUGUCCUUUCAUCAUGCGGGAUGGAGAUUUUAACUUUGAAUCUUAGGGGGGAAAGGAAUCUUGGUAAGAGAGAGCUGUGGAACCAAAGGAAAACAAAUCAUAUUGAUGCCAGGCUUUUGCAAAUCACGAUGUAACUUGAAAAACACAAAUUAGUUGAAGGAAUAGUGAAGGAAAGAAACACGUACUCCUUUUAAUCAGAAGUUGGUUGUAACUAUAACUAGACUAUAUAUGUACUUCGAGGUUGAUGGGGCUGCAGUUGUAAAGGAGAACAAAAGGAUGAUCCUUUGCUUUUAUUUCUAAUUAACUGUGAACUCUGAAAUAUGGUAUAUUCAGAAAAUCAGUGAUGAAUUAUUGUGCCUUUUUUUUUUGGAUGAUGGUGCAAAAUUUAAGGUUUUUGACACAUUUUGAAAGGUUUGGAAGGACUGCUUUGGUGUUUUCCUUUACCCUUGCAUAGUAGAGCAUUGCGGAAUUGGUGAUUCUACUCCAUCUCCACUUAUUGCCAGUACACACUUUCCAUACCUUUCUGUUUUCCACAUUUGUUUGUCAUGGGCACAUAACUGGAAAGUGUUGAGGUGUGCAUGAUGAUAAUACUUGAAAGUGUCCCAAAGCUUGUUGUCAUGUGCAGAAUUGCAUGUCCUUUGUCAUUUUCACUUGGGGUCAUCAUGCCCUGGGAUGCAACAAUAUCAUUGAUGGAACUGAAUUAUUGUUCAGUGUGUUGUCGAAGACUUUCAUGGCCAGAAUCACUGGGUUACUGUGAGUUUUCUGGGCUGUAUGGCCAUGUUGCAGGAGCAUUCCCUCCUGACGUUUCGCCCACAUCUAUGGCAGGCAUCCCCAGAGGUUGUGAGGUUUGUUGGAAACUAGGCAAGUGGGGUUUCUAUAUCUCUGGAAAGUUCAGGGUGGGAGAAGUAACUCUUGUCUGUUUGGGGUAAGUGUGAAUGUUGCAGUUGGCCACCUUGAUUAGCAUUGAAUAGCCUAGCAGCUUCAAAGCCUGGCUGCUUCCUGCCUAGGGGGGAACCUUUGUUGCGGGGUGUUAUCUGGCCCUGGUUUUUUCUUGUCUGGAAUUCCCGUCUUCUGAGUGUUAUUCUUUAUUUACAUUGAAAUUCACAAGCAUAUGUACCAUCUCAACAGAAAGGGUGAAACCAUGAAAAUGAACAAAAACCAGCUACGUGUAUUUAAAAAAAAACUCUAGAAUCAGGACAGUAAAUAAAGAGCAACACUCGCAAAACAGGAAUUCCAGACAGGAAACAAUCAGAGCCAGCUAAUACCUCCCAACAAAGGAUUCCCCCAGGCAGGAAGUAGCUUGGCUUUGAAGCUGAUGGCCAGUUGCAACAUCCACACUUGCCUCAAACAGACAAGAGUUCUUUCUCCCACCCUGGACAUCACAUAUAUAUAUAUAAACCCCACUUGCCUAGUUUCCAACAGCCCUCGCAACCUCUGAGGAUGCCUGCCACAGAUGUGGGCGAAACAUCAGGAGAGAAUGCUCCUGGAACUAUGCCAGAUAGCCCAGAACACUCAUAGCAACGUAAUAAGUAUAUUUGUAGAUACCCAAGCAGGCACCUUUGGAUGAGAGAUUUUUGUACAUGAAUAAAUGUAGGUUGUUGUACAUGAAAAAAAUAAUAAGACAUCCACUGAAAAUUAGCCCUAACGUGUCUUUUUGAGGCAAGGAUUAAUAUGAGACCCACGCUGAGUCCCCUUCGGGGUGAGAAGGUUGGGAUAUAAAUAUGGCAAAUAAAUAAAUUUAUAAUAAAUAAAUAUAAUUAUUUCUGGGGAAAUAA